AUGGCCGGUGGCACCAGCGGCACGAGCGCGGAGGGCAUGGCGGAGCGCGUGUCGCGUCUGUCAGCCAUAGCGGCGGCGGCAGAGAGCCUUGCGCUCGCGCUCUCGCGCCGAUUCCACUGGCCGCUGCCCCCCUCUCUCACGCCACCUCCCCGCUACAACCCACCUCUUCCCGACCAGCGCGAGAGGUCGAAAAGUGGCGGCCCGCUUUCCCCUUCCGCGCCUUCCGCGCCUUCCGCGCCUUCCGUGCCUUCCCCGCCUUCUCCUCGUACAGGCGGCUGCAGUGCUCGUAGCUGGGCGGGCGCGCGGAUAGAUAAGAGGCGGAGGAGGCGGCGGGGGAUAGUGGGAGGGCGGAGGGAAAGCGAAGAGAGGGGGUCGUGUGAGUGUGAGAGCGAGCAGGCGUUUUUCUAUGAAGGCGCGCCCGCUGUGGUGAGAGUGGCGGGGGCAGGGGUUGGCGCAGGGUGGGGCUUGGAACUGCCGGGUGAUUUGUCCGUGGAUGCGUUACUGGCACGUGACGUGGCAGCUGACGUGGCACACGAUGUGGCAUGUGACGUGGCACGUGAUGGGUCGGUGGAAGGUCUGAUGGCAGCAGGAGAGCGUGUGCAUGCAGAGGCAGAAGCAGCAGGAGGAGGGUCAGCAGAAGCAGCUGCAGUAACAGGAGCAGGAGGAGGUGACGGAGCAGCAAGAACAGCAGAAGCAGAAAUAGCAGCAGGUGCAGAAGCAGCAGCAGCAGCAGCAGCAGCAGCAGCAGCAGCAGCAGCAGCAGCAGCAGCAGCAGCAGCAGCAGCAGGAGGAGGAGGAGCAGCAGGAGCAAACGGACUAACAGGCUCUAGCAGAGAAGAGCUUCCCCUUCCCUCGCUCCCCCACGCGCCGCUCUCCUCUUCCACCUCUGCCCCUGCUCUCCCCACUAUGCCUCCCCUGUCCCUCCUCGCCUCCCUCCCCCCGGCAUCCAUGGCUGCCCUUGCCUGCUCGGAACAAGUCUCGAGUCUACAUGGCCACAAGUGGUGCCGCCACGUCAGCGCCAAGGUGGCAAAGCUGGUCGCCAGGUGUCUGCGAGUGAUUGGAGCGGAGGCACAGGCGGUGCUGCUGGCUGCAGUGAGGGGAGGGGGAGGAGGAGGAAGAGGAGGAGGAGGAGGAGGAAGAGGAGGAGGAGGAGGAGGAGGAGGAGGAGGAGGAGGAGGAGGAGGAGGAGGAGGAGGAGGAGGAGGAGGAGGAGGAGGAGGAGGAGGAGGAGGAGAAACACUGGCCGAUCACCAUGCAAGGGAGAAAAGAGAAGCACACGUAGCAAGAUUCUCUUUGCAACCUCCCCUUCCUCCUCUUCCCCCUCUGCCUCCCUCAGCCCAUGCCACCAUCCCAUGCCCCCUUCUCUCCCGCACGCUGCAGUGGCUGGGAGCGGUGCUGCAUAAGGGCAUUCACCGCUGCAGGGAUUGUAGAAGCAUCAGGGGUGCGUGCGGGUCCAGUGAGAGUGCAUGUGCAGAAGCAUCAACAGCAGGGGGUCCGGCGAUUGAAGAAGCGACUCAGGGAGCAGCAGCAUCAGCAGCAGCAGCAGGGGUGGAGAUUGCAUCAGGAGGGAUGGAGAUCGGUGCAGGAGUGGUGGUGGGCGUUCUUUGCUGUGCCUUGGACACUUGUACCCCUUCCUCCCGCCUUCAAGAUUACACAGCUGACGUCGCACUUUCGACAGCCAAUCGCAGCUCUCGCUCUGAUUUCCGGCCUCUUUUGGAUUUUGACGCGGUUCCUCUGGUCAAGCCGUCUCCUCUGCAGCUGCCAAGCCAUGGAAACUAUUCCACACAGCUCACCACCACAGCAGGGCAUAGGGGGAAUGUCAGGAGGCGGCGCACCAAGUACAGAUCGCAGGGGCGAAGACAAUCGCAGUAUGAGGUACUGCGCUCUAUCAUAGACACCAACAUGAAUGCAAUCGAGGAAGCAGGUGGCAUCGGCUGCUUAACUGCUGCUCCUGAACCAUUCCCUGCUUCUGCUGCUCCUCCUACCCAUCUUGCCACUCACCCUCCUCAAUCCACACAUCCUCCCAGCUCCACCCACCUUCCUCCCUCCACUCAUCCUCCUCCGUCCAACCACUUUCCGCUGGCUGCACGACAGUCCUCUUACCGGUCCCAUACUCCCGCUCCUGCUCAGAAUCCCAAGGGAGCACAAGGCAAGGCAGGGAGCAUAGGAACGAGUCGAGGGGACGGUGAGAGGGAAGGAAAUGGUGCUUUGGUUGGAGAGGAAAAGGAGGGGAGGAGUGGAAAGCGGAAGUAUGAAGAUAUGAAGGAGCGGGGAGAGCAGGGGUGGGAGAAGGAGAAGCAGAAGAGAGGUGGGAGCGAAACGAGGUCAUAUGGUGAAGAGGAGUUGAGAGCGACUGGGAGGGGUGGAAGGGAAGGGAGUGGGGGAGAGAGGCGGCCUGGGUUGCUGGUUGAGCAAUGGAGCGACAGAGGUGGGCAGCAAGGAAUGGAUCAGAGUAGUCAUAUUCUCCAUCGGAGGGAUGACUCAGGAAGGCAUGGGCGCAGGGGGAUGAAAGGCACUAGUGAAGCCAAGGUGGUGGAGAGAGAUAUGGAUCGGUGGGAACCGGUUGAGGAAGGCAGUGUUCAAGGGGGGAGCGCGGAAGAAGCGGCGCGGGUAUACGACAUGGCGGCGCGGCUGCUGCGUGGCCGCUCCGCCAAGCUCAACUUCCCCGGAGAGCGCCCGGCUCCCGUGGCGCUGCCACGUGGCACCGCCGAGGCGCUGCUCCGCGCGAGUAAAGAGGCGGCGAUCAAGCUGCAGCAGGUGGGUGGCGACGGCAGCGGCGGCGCGGGGACUAGCGGCGCACAGCCGCAGAUUCGCGUGGAAUCGGGAGUGGAGCUACGUGCACCAGGCAAGGAGGAGCAUGGCGGACCGAGCAAGGAGGAGCAAAGCGCACUGGUCUGCGGCGGCGGCGCACAGAUGUCGAAAAGAAGCGGCGAGGAAGUCGAGCAGGCUGGGAGCGCGGCCCCACCGCCAAUAGACAUCCUCCCCGCGGCGGCGGUCUCAAUUCUGCAGCGGGCCCUCGCGUCGGAGGGAAGAGACGCGGCGAUGAACGUCCGAACUUCAGCUCAUCAUGUCGCCACGCCUACUCCCACGCCUAGCAGCGCGAGCCAUCAGCGCGUUUCCGCGUGCAGUUCCCCCGAUCCCUGCGGAAGCGACGACACCAGCAGCGCCAGCGCCGCGGAGGAAGAGCACAGUAGCGCAGCCGCGGCUAAGCAGAAACGACGCCGGCCGUCAGCCGCUCCCACCGGCGCCGCUGGUGCCGCGGAGGCAGAGCCGUCGUCCUGGGGACGCCCGUGGAAGCGCGCUGCUUCAGCUGACGCCGCUCUGGAGCACUACACGCAGGCAUAUGAUGGCACUGGCACAGCACCUCCGGCCAAAGCGACUUUUCCCGCUUCUGCGUCGGCGCGAGAGGCUGCUCCUGCUGUGCAGGGCUGUGGUGGAGAGGAGGAGGCUGCGGACCUGGCUUGCCGCAGCCGCAGCCGCUACACCAGCAGCGAUGCCAUGGGCGGCUGGUAG